GCUUCCAGAUUUCUUCAACUUGCUAAGGAAGAGUGAUUUCCUGUUUGGUGUAGCUGAUUUGCUAUGCAAAACCAGAUCCUUGAAAAGAUGGAGAAAUUAAUAUGCAGAGAAACUGACUUGGCAGAGGUCAGAUCAAGGUAUUGGUGGAUCCAGGGAUAAAGCCCAAGCCCCUUCGGACUCCUUGGCUGGUUUUUAGUCCAUUGACUAUGCAGCCUAGUGUAAUAGACUGGAAUGAUAUGAGAAAACACAAAUAUGGUCACCUGUCAGUGUCUGCAUCUCAGUAUCACGAAACUGCUGACAUCCUGGAGCUAGCAUCUAGUGUUUUUUGCAUGGCCCAAAGGGGCCCUGUGCUGCUCCACUACAGAGGAAACUUCAAGAAAUGCUGGUUUGCUACAGUGUUUUAGCUUGUGAGAGUCUCUGGGACCUUCCCUGCUCCAUCAUGGGGUCACCUCUAGGUCAUUUUACCUGGGACAAAUACCUAAAAGAAACAUGUUCAGUCCCAGCGCCUGUCCAUUGCUUCAAGCAGUCCUACAUACCUCCAAGCAAUGAAUUCAAGAUCAGCAUGAAAUUGGAAGCACAGGACCCCAGGAAUACCACAUCUACCUGCAUUGCCACAGUAGUUGGACUGACAGGCGCCCGACUCCGUCUGCGUCUUGACGGCAGUGACAACAAGAAUGACUUCUGGAGACUGGUUGACUCCUCUGAAAUCCAGCCUAUUGGGAACUGUGAGAAGAGUGGGGGUAUGCUGCAGCCCCCUCUGGGAUUUAGGCUGAAUGCCUCUUCUUGGCCCAUGUUCCUUUUGAAGACACUAAAUGGAGCAGAGAUGGCUCCCGUCAAGAUUUUCCACAAGGAGCCACCAUCACCUUCCCACAACUUCUUCAAAAUGGGGAUGAAGCUAGAAGCUGUGGACAGAAAGAACCCUCAUUUCAUUUGCCCAGCCACUAUUGGAGAAGUUCGAGGCUCAGAGGUGCUUGUCACUUUUGAUGGAUGGCGAGGGGCCUUUGACUACUGGUGCCGCUUUGACUCCCGGGACAUCUUUCCUGUGGGCUGGUGUUCUUUGACUGGAGACAACCUGCAGCCACCUGGCACCAAAGUUGUGAUUCCAAAGAAUCCUUACCCUGCCUCUGAUGUGAACACUGAGAAGCCCAGCAUCCACAGCAGCACCAAAACUGUCUUGGAGCAUCAACCAGGGCAGAGGGGGCGUAAACCAGGAAAGAAGCGGGGCCGAACACCCAAGAUCCUUAUUCCCCAUCCCACCUCUACCCCAUCCAAAUCAGCUGAACCUUUGAAAUUCCCAAAGAAGAGAGGUCCCAAGCCUGGCAGUAAGAGGAAACCUCGGACUUUGCUGAGCCCACCACCCACCUCACCAACAACCAGCACCCCUGAACCGGAUACCAGCACUGUUCCCCAAGAUGCUGCAACCAUCCCCAGUUCAGCCAUGCAGGCCCCCACAGUUUGUAUCUACUUGAACAAGAGUGGCAGUACAGGCCCGCACUUGGAUAAGAAGAAGAUCCAGCAACUUCCUGACCAUUUUGGGCCAGCCCGUGCCUCUGUGGUGCUGCAGCAGGCUGUCCAGGCUUGCAUUGACUGUGCUUAUCAUCAGAAAACUGUCUUCAGCUUCCUCAAACAGGGCCACGGCGGUGAGGUCAUCUCAGCUGUGUUUGACCGAGAACAGCAUACCCUCAACCUCCCAGCAGUCAACAGCAUCACCUAUGUCCUCCGCUUCCUGGAGAAGCUCUGCCACAACCUUCGGAGUGACAACCUGUUUGGCAACCAGCCCUUUACACAGACUCAUUCAUCACUCACUGCCACAGAAUACAGCCACAGUCACGACAGGUACCUACCAGGAGAAACCUUUGUCCUAGGGAAUAGUCUGCCCCGGUCCUUGGAAACACACCCAGGUCUGAUGGAUUCUGCCUUGAAGCCCACCAACCUUGUCAGCACCUCCCCAAAUCUUCGAACUCAUGGGUAUCGGCCCUUGCUUUCCUCUUGUGGCCUCCCACCAAGUACUGCCUCGGCUAUGCGCAGACUAUGCUCCAGGGGAGUGUUAAAAGGACCAAAUGAAAGAAGGGAUAUGGAAUCAUUUUGGAAACUAAGUCAUUCCCCAGGGUCAGACCGAUACCUGGAGAGCCGAGAUACAUCCCGCCUGAGUGGCCAAGACCCCUCCUCAUGGACAGUGGAGGAUGUGAUGCAGUUUGUCCGGGAAGCUGAUCCUCAGCUUGGACCCCAUGCUGACCUCUUCCGAAAACAUGAGAUCGAUGGCAAGGCCUUGCUCCUGCUGCGCAGUGACAUGAUGAUGAAGUACAUGGGCCUGAAGCUGGGGCCUGCUCUCAAGCUCUCCUUCCACAUUGACCGGCUAAAACAGGGCAAGUUCUGAACAAGAGGCAUUCUUCUCCCUGGAAGGAGGCCACCAGCUGGCUCCCAGGCACCUCAGUAGGGCUCCUGGCAACCUCACGACUCCAGAAGGCUGGAGAGCCAUUACUGCUACCCCUCCUGCCAUAAUGUGUCCUUCCAUGAAGGACUGAGGAGGGGAGACUGUGGGCCCAGGGGUUGGGGCUGCUCUUCCCUCAGCCUGCUACAGCUUCCAGGCCCCCUCUAUUUAUUCUCAAGGCUAGCCAGCCUCUCACCAAGCAUUUAGAUUGAGCACCUUGAAAGUGAUAGAGGAAGAAGCCAGCCCUGGAGUCAUGAAAGGCCCUGGCACUCAGGCCCUCACCGCCUUCUGGGCUUGGUGUAGCAUCCCAUGGCCCCCAGCUCCUGCCUUCUCACCAGAUUACCAGACUCCAAAAUCAUGGUGCAGACCUUUUUAAAAAAUACCUUUUCUUAUUGCUAAUUUAUUGCUUCUGGCACUUGGACAGCUAACUCUGGUUAAUGCUCUUCUUGUACCAGACAGUUUUAAAGGAGGGAGACCACCCUGCCUGGUCCAGAGAGGCCCUCUCUAGAGAAUCAUGGCCCUUUUCAGAGGACAUUGCCCUAGGACACUUUCUCUCUGGAAUGGAUAGAGGUGUGUAGCUCACUGGGCAUGGGGAGAUGAGGGCCCUGUCAUCUUUCCUCUUCCCCCACAUGGCCCUUUGUAGCCCCAGGCUCCAUCUCUGAUGGAGUUCUCCCUCCACACUGCCCCACCACAGCUCCCUGCCCUGGUCAGAAUUGCUGCAGAAGAUGGAGCCUAUGCCUUUAGGCUGAGAGGCCCCAUGGUGGGAGGGAGGGAGGGCCUCUGAGCUGGAGGGAUUUUGCCCUCUACUAGCUCCUGUGCUUCCUCCUAAGCAAGUCAGCAGCACUGCUGCCCCGCUGCCAUCUGGACUAUUUUAUGUCAGUUUGUUUAUAAAUAAAAACAAGUACACAA